GUGAUUGAUCGGAAAAAUAAGACUCGUAAUGGUUAGAGAAUAAAAUGAUAUAAAAGAAAAAUAAAGAAAGGAAAUGAAAAAGUGUUACACUGACUGGGAUGGUAAACGAUAUUGUUACCGGCACGAGGUGACGAUAAAAGAUGGCAGGUGCACUCAGCCUCGGAGGAAAUCAAUAUUGAGAGAAGAUUGGUAGAGGGGUUGAGGUGCAUCGAAGCAUCCCCCCAUAAGAGAGAGCCACGGAAAGUUAGGAACGCGCCGAUAUAACGGCCGAACUGAGGGAAACGGUGGAAAAUGUCAUAGUCUCGUGGACGGAACAAUUUCGAGCGUAAUACGAGAACGUUCUCCUUGAUUUUUCAUCCAUCUUUCUUUCCAUCCAUUUCUCCGCUGUCCCGUCGCAUCGUUUUCUGGUCGGUUCCCGUCUACUCCCUUUUGUUCGAAAAUCCGUGUUUCGUCGUCGUGAAGCGACUACUCGGUACAGUGAAUCGAUAAAUUGUAAGUGAUAGUGCGCGGUGAUUACGCGAUCGUGCUGGACAAGAUGUCGGUGAAGAUGAUGAUGUACAAGCAAGCCGAGUUCGAGGACGAAGAUAGCAGUAGCAUCGGUUCCGUGGCUUUGAACAGCGAGGGCAUUAGCACAUCGGCCACGCAUAUACGAUACAAUUCGGGGAUCUCGAUGUGGAGGGCGAGGAGCGCUCUCGAGAGAUGUCUUUUCAUCAUUUGCGCGGGCCUCCUGUUGAUGGUGAUGAUGCUCUCGAUAGUGAUCAACAGCAAGAACGGUUGGGACGAAGCGCAGAUACUUCACGUUACCUCCCAUGGAGAAAAUGGUACAUACUGUUUAACCGAGCACUGCAUUACGGUAGCCGCUUCCAUUAUAAACAGCAUAGAUCGUUCGGUCGAUCCAUGCGACGAUUUUUACGAAUACGCGUGCGGCGGUUGGAUCAAGAAGAAUCCUAUACCGGAUGGGCUGAGCGUGUGGGGAACGUUCGACAAGUUCGAGCAAGAAAAUCAGCUAAUUGUGAAAAACGUCCUUGAGAAACCAUUGGUCGAGAUGAAAUCAAAGGCCGAGAAAAAAGCAAAGUAUUAUUUUCUCUCGUGUAUGGACGCGAACGAUACGAUCGAAACGCUCGGUGCGAAACCAAUGUUGGACUUGUUGGAUACUAUCGGUGGAUGGAACGUUUCCGGCAAAUUCAAUAUAAGCGAAUGGUCUUUGCAGAACAGUAUGCAUAUUCUGCAAAAUGUUUACAACAUGGAUGGUUUAUUUACAUGGGCGGUAAACGAAGAUGAUCGAAAUAGUAGCAGACACAUUAUACAAAUCGAUCAGGGAGGUUUAACGCUGCCAACCGUUGACGAUUAUCUCAACAUCACCGAACACGGUAAAGUGUUGGCUGCUUAUUUGGAAUACAUGACAAAGAUCGGCGAGCUGUUAGGCGGAGAGACGAACUCGACGAGGAAACAGAUGCAGGAUGUGAUACAGUUCGAAACGAAAUUGGCGCGGAUCAUGACGUCACCCGAGAAUCGUCGGGAUAAAGAAAAACUUUACAAUUUGAUGUCGUUGAACGAACUUCAACGCAAAGCGCCUUUCAUGUCGUGGGUAGACUAUUUUAAAAAUGCGACGCGCACCGUUAACAAGAAGAUCAACGACAAGAUGAUGAUCGUGAAUUUUGCCCCGGAAUAUUUUAUCAAAUUGUCCAACCUGGUAUUAGACUACAACAAAACGAACGAAGGAAAAGUGUAAGUUUCCUUUCCCUCCCCGAAACCCUCCCCAGAAACGAACAAGCAUCUCUUUAUCCCGCGUAUCCUUCCCGCUCUCUCUCUCUCUC